AUGUGCAGAGAUAGGUCUGAAUCAAGAGCAUCAGGUGUCGCGCCUCAAUUAAGACUGUUAAAAGCGAUUCGACACUAUGCGGAAAGUAGCGAGAAAAUAUUUCAAGUUUUCACCUUUUACCGAUCAUUUUAUGAAUCUGCGCUUCGCGUAGAUUAUGACGAUACAAAUGGUAACCUGCUGGAGGAGAAGCCUAAUUUAUCUGGGGAUAAAAUUCCUUUUAGAAAAACAAUUGUUCUUGCUAUUACUGUUGGUGGAGAGGAAAUGCAGAAAAGGAAGCUUAAAGUUAUUAGUGAUAAUGAUAAUCAUAAGAGGCGUAGGACUGAAAAGGGGAUUCAAAAUGGAAAAGAGAGAGAUCCAUUGGAAAAUUGA